AUGUCGAAAAACUUCUUUGUUCGCGACAUCCUGGCCAGAGAAAUAGCGCCUCUGUACGAAUUCAACGUUGAUCUUGAUGAUGCUCUCCUGGAGCCCUUGAAGAAGAUCUGGGCGCUCAGUGGAAAUCGCGAGCGUUUCGACUGGGAUUUCACAGAUUUUGACGCCACUUCUUUCCGUACAACGGUUGGAGCACUUUCACCGCAAGAACUAGAAGAUCUUGGUGGUAUCCGACGAAGGGAAUAUUGGUACAACGAUCCAACAGAAUCUGACGAGUAUAUUCUUCACGCAGGAAAGAUGCCACGGUGGGACUGUGGCGAGCAAGACCACUGUGAUUUCGAGUGGACGUGGGAGGGUUCUGACGGUCCCAUCGAUGGGUAUCUGGAAUACCACUUUCUGAUCGAUAAUGAUCCUAACCGGCGCAUCUGGCACGGGAUUUCGAGCUUUCGCAGAUCACAUCAACUCUGUCGGGAUGCCAGGCAAAAGUCUGAGGCGCAUAUCGGACGACAACAACACCAAGCAUUCGACCAGGUCGCCUGUCGCCAUCGUCUCCCUCCCGAAUUGCGGAAUCAAAUCCUAGGUUAUGUCGAGUAUCGCGACCCAUUUCCCUACCUGGAGAAGCUCGACCUCGCAGAGGCAUAUGUCCCCUUCCCCAGAGUCGGUGGAAGCUGUACCCAUUGCGAUAACACCAAAGGAGAAACAACUGCCAAACGAACCUGUCCCCAGAAAGCCAUGCACGUAUGGAACCUGGCCCUGCGCCGAUUUCACACGUUCCAUAAGAUCAACUGCCAAACAUGGUCACUUUGCGCUCAACACGACUGCAAAGGACACCACGAGGACUACAACUGGAAAGUCGAUAGAGAUCCUGGUUUCAGCACAUAUCUAGAAUCUCAAGCCGCACGGGGUAAUGAUAAAUUUGUUUCCCUGGACCACGUUGGCUUCGGGCCCAUGAACCCCAUCCGAAUAGAGCCAUUAGAAGACUGGAUACGACAGGAUGCGCUAUUCAGAGGCAACGGUGUCUACGAUGAAGCACGCGAGGACAUACUCAUGAUCGGAGGCCUCGGGGGAUUGAAGGAUGCCAUGAUUCAUGGACGAACCUUGACGGCUGGGUGGGAGGGAGAUACCGAGCUAUGGUAUAACGAUGAGGAAGAGGGCGUCCGGGAUAUGCCAACUACAUGGCAAUACGGACGGAAUUUGUACUCUGAGAAGGUCGCCAAGGAGGUUAUGAGAGGAUUGCACUCGGAAGCCAAUUGUGACUGGUGUAUCAAUGUGCCGGAUGAAUUUGAGUUGAUCAUGUAG